AUGAAUGAGACCGAGGGUAUCGCGGAUUCAAAGCAUGACCUUGAGGCACUCAAUCGGUUUACCUCAGGUCGUUGGCUUUGGAACGAGCGACAGCAGCUUGCCUGUUGCUAUGUUAAGUUCGACCUUUCAACGCUUCUGAAACUAGCUGCCUCUGCGACCGGAUCGAGAUCAUGCACCCAAGUGUCAAAGAUCUCGGAGGGUCAAUAUAACAAAGUAUUCCAACUUACUAUGGACAAUGGACGCGAGAUUAUUGCGAAACUUCCAAAUCCUAACGCAGGCAGACCACACUUCACGACAGCUAGUGAGGUUGCAACUAUGGACUUUUUGAGGAAUGUUUUGGACCUCCCUGUUCCGAGAGUGUACGCUUGGAGUUCCCGAGCAUCAGAGAACCCUCUCGGAGCAGGGUAUAUCUACAUGGAGAAGCAGGCCGGCGUGGUACUAACAGAUGUAUGGGACACCAUCAAAGGAAGGCAGAAGGUCCGAAUUCUUGACCAAGUUGUUGAUACUGAAAAGCGUCUAACGACUACACAAUUCUCCAAGUUCGGGUCCUUGUACUAUAGAGACGACCUUACUGACAAUUCCGAUUCUACUUCACCGCUACAUUUUGAUUCAACUGGGAACAAAGUCCGGAACACAAAGUUUGGUAUUGAGCCGAUUAAUCACCGCUCUUUCUUUGACUUCGGGAGAGGCGCGUUGGGUAUUGAGCGUGGUCCAUGGUCAAAAGUCACAGAAUUCAUGGCGGCUAUUGCCCGGAGGGAGAUUGCAACUGCAAAGGCAGGUCUCCGAUACCGCCUAAUGCCCGAAGGUCUUUUCUAUGGCCCCCGACAAUACCAGCUUAGCCUCUCGAAAAAGCUCUCCGGCUUGGAAAACUAUCUUAAGGUGGCACCUCAUACUUUCCCAGAGAAUACGGCCACUCAUGUCUCAGUUUUAUGGCAUGGCGAUCUCCAUUCGCAGAAUAUAUUUGUCAAUCCUCAAGACCCAAGCCAUAUUGUGGGAAUCAUUGACUGGCAGUCUGUCAGUGGUUGCCCGCUUUUUAUGCAGGUUGGGCGCCCAGUGUUUCUAGAUUACGACGGCCCGGUUCCUAAAGAUUUGAUGAAGGUCCCUUUACCACAAAAUUUCAACUUCAUGGGCCCAGACGAACAGCAGAAGGCAAAGGCACUCCAUAGGGCACAGACGCUACACAAUAUCUACUUAGUUCGGUGUCUUCAGGCCAACGAAACAAUCUUUCAAGCGAUACAGGGUCAUAAUACUCUCCGGCAUCAGGUUAGUGUGGUUGCGGGAUUAGUCUUGAUGGACUACGAGCCGCUGCUCAAUAGCCUACUGAGAGAUGUCGAGAAAGAAUGGGCACAUAUUGUUGGCGUUGGGGGAGAUGGCAGCUCUCCUCGAACGCCGUUCCCAUUACAGCUAUCGGAAAAGGAAAUCCGGCAGCAGGAGGAGGAUGGUGAACUAUGGGCCCAGGGUGUUGAACUCAUGAAUGCAUUUGUUGCCAAUACUGGUUGUUUUAAACAUUGGGAUGGUAGGGUUAGUAACGGAGAUUACGAUCAAUCUAAGAAAGAGCUAGAUAAGGGAGUGAGAAGGUUCUUAGACCGUGAAGCCAGGAAUGACGAAGAACGUAGGGAGUGGCUCAAAGCCCUGCCGUUCAUGGAUUAA